AUGCUGCAGCAGAUCUUGCAUGACCUGUACAUCGACCCUGUGCUCCUCGCUGAGCUCAGCGAUGUGCAGAAACACAUCCUCUUCUACAAAAUGCGAGAGGAGCAGCUGAGGCGCUGGAGGGAGCGCGAGGCUUGGGAGGCGCUGGCCCAGGCAGAGGGCCUCAGGCCCCCAAAGGUCAAGCGAGGUAUGUGGCUGGGAGCAGCGAGCGACAAGCACAUCCAGUGGCUCCAGGGGGCGGACGGCGAGGUCUGGGUCUGGAUCAUGGGAGAAGGCCCCGGCGACAAGCCCUACGAGGAGCUCUCCGAGCAGCUGAUGGCGGAGCGGGCGCGGCUGCAGGCGCAGAGGGAGGCCGAGGAGCUCUGGAGACAGAAGGAGGCAGAGAUCACCAAGAAGUUCCGGGAUGCUCUGGCCAAUGAGAAAGCCCGGAUCUUCGCGGAGAAGUGGAAAGUGGAGAUAAAGGACCGGAAGGCUGCAAAAGUUUUGGAGGAGCGCAUCCAUGAGGAAUUCAAGAGGAAAGAGGAAGAGGAGAGGAAGCGAGGAGAAGAGCAGAUUCGCCUCCAGGAAGAGCAGAGGGCGAAGGAACUCUACUGGAGCCUGAAGCAGGCCCAGCUGCAGAGCCACGCCAGUGAGAGCGAGGAGCGCCAUUGGGAAGAACAGUUGCGUCGGUCCAAGGCGGCGGACGAGGAGCGGAGCCGCCGCGCCCAGCGCACCCGGGACGAGUACCGGCGCCACUCGUUGCGCGCCAUCCAGAAGGGCACAGUCGCCGGCCUCAGCUCCAUGUUCCGAGAGCUUGGCCAGAGCCACGAGGAGGAGGCCAGACUCUACUACCACCUUCCGGGGCCUGGUCCGCCUCUGCCCCUCGCGGUGCCUGGCAGCAGGACUUGGGAGCGCCCACUGCGUCCUGUCUCCAGAGAAGUCAUAGUCCGCUGGUUUCGGGAGGAGCAGCUGCCUCGUCGAGCUGGCUUCGAGAGGAACACCAAGUCCAUCGCCCCUUGGUUCCACGGAAUUAUUAGCCGAGAAGAAGCAGAAGAUCUCCUCGAGAACAUGACUGAGGGAGCAUUUCUGGUUCGGGUCAGUGAGAAAAUCUGGGGGUACACCCUCUCCUACCGCCUGCAGAAAGGGUUCAAGCACUUUCUUGUGGAUGCCUCUGGGGAUUUUUACAGCUUCCUGGGAGUGGACCCCAAUCGCCAUGCAACGCUCACCGAUCUCAUUGAUUUCCACAAGGAGGAAAUUAUCACUGUUUCAGGGGGAGAGUUGCUGCAGGAACCUUGUGGACAGAGGGACAGCCCACCAGACUACCAUCUGUUGUUUGAAUGA